AAGAAGUGUUUCUGCAACUUGGUUUUUGAUAGGGUUUUGAGAACAAGGGCAGUAUAUCUAAAAAAUUCGAAAAUUUCAGACUAGAAAAUGGAGCAUGGAGGAAUUGAAGAGAGUGGUCGUUUGGUUCAUUCGGAGUCCAGAUGGGUCGACGGAAGCGAAGCAGAUUCAGAGUCUCCCCCAAUAUCCUUUUUCGAUGAGGAUGAGUUCAGGGAAGAUUAUGGAUCUUUAAGAAGGAGGCUUGUGAAGAAACCGAAGAGAGUUGAUUCCUUUGAUGUUGAAGCCAUGUCUGUAUCUAACUUUCAUGGACACCAUUCGAAGGAUCUCUCCAUUUGGGGAACUCUUGCACUGGCAUUCAAAACACUGGGUGUAGUCUAUGGUGACCUCGGCACAAGUCCCUUGUAUGUCUUUGCUGAUGUUUUCAGCAAGGUGCCUAUAAAGUCAGAUGUUGAUAUCUUGGGAGCUUUAUCACUAGUGAUGUACACAAUUUCUCUGCUUCCUUUAGCGAAAUACAUUUUUAUUGUGCUCAAAGCUAAUGAUAAUGGAGAAGGAGGCACAUUUGCACUUUAUUCAUUAAUUUGCAGGUAUGCAAAAGUUAAUCUAUUGCCGAAUCAGCAGCCAGCUGACGAACAAAUCUCUAGUUUUAAGCUCAAACUGCCCACUCCAGAGUUGGAGAGGGCAUUAAAGAUAAAAGACUGUUUGGAAAGGAGAUCCCCCAUGAAAACCCUUCUAUUGCUUUUGGUUCUGAUGGGGACGUCUAUGAUAAUCGGGGAUGGUAUUCUUACACCAGCAAUGUCAGUAAUGUCUGCAGUGAGUGGACUACAGGGUGAAAUUUCGGGAUUUGGUUCAAAUGCUGUGGUUAUUGUCUCGAUCAUAUUGCUCAUAGGAUUGUUCAGCAUACAGAGAUUUGGGACUGGUAAAGUGGGUUUUAUGUUUUCUCCAGCCCUGGCUCUGUGGUUCUUUUGCAUUGGUUCUAUUGGGCUUUACAACAUAUUGAAGUAUGAUAUUACAAUUCUGAAGGCAUUGAAUCCAGCUUACAUCUAUUAUUUCUUCAAGAGGAAUGGUGUAAAGGCUUAUUCAGCUCUUGGUGGUUGCGUUUUGUGCAUCACAGGGGCGGAGGCAAUGUUUGCUGAUUUAGGCCAUUUCUCUGUUGUAUCUAUACAGAUUGCCUUCUCUUGUGUCGUGUUCCCGUGUCUUCUUUUGGCUUACAUGGGCCAAGCUGCGUAUCUGAUGAAAUUCCCAACUUCUGCAGAAAAUAUUUUCUAUGAUUCUGUCCCAGGUGUUCUGUUCUGGCCAGUCUUUGUGAUUGCCACGCUUGCUGCUAUGAUUGCCAGUCAAGCCAUGAUAUCUGCAACAUUUUCUUGCAUUAAGCAAUCCAUGGCCCUAGGAUGCUUCCCAAGGUUGAAGAUAAUUCACACCUCUAAGAGAUUCGUGGGUCAGAUCUACAUUCCUGUCAUCAAUUGGUUCCUGAUGGUCAUGUGCAUUGUAGUUGUUGCCACCUUCAGGAGCACAACAGACAUAGCCAAUGCAUAUGGCAUUGCGGAGGUUGGUGUUAUGAUGGUGAGCACAACCUUGGUGACACUUGUAAUGCUUCUAAUAUGGCAGACCAACCUGUUUCUGGUUCUGUGUUUCCCACUUGUAUUUGGGUCAGUAGAGUUAAUCUAUAUGUCUGCAGUCUUGACAAAGAUCAAGGAGGGUGGUUGGCUCCCACUUGCUUUUGCUUCUUGUUUCCUCUGUAUAAUGUACAUUUGGAACUAUGGAAGUGUGUUGAAGUACCAGAGCGAGGUCAGGGAAAAGAUUUCCGUGGACUUUCUUCUUGAACUGGGGUCGACGCUGGGGACCAUAAGAGUCCCAGGGAUUGGAUUACUAUACAAUGAGCUGGUUCAAGGGAUUCCCUCAGUCUUUGGACAUUUCCUACUCGACCUUCCGGCAAUUCAUUCUACAAUUGUUUUUGUCUGCAUUAAGUUCGUCCAAGUCCCUGUUGUCCCUCAAGAAGAAAGGUUUCUUUUCAGAAGGCUUUGUCCAAAGGACUACCACAUGUUCCGCUGCAUUGCCCGUUAUGGUUACAAAGAUGUCAGGAAGGAAGAUCACAAUAACUUUGAGCAACUUUUGAUUGAGAGCCUCCAGAAGUUUUUAAGAAGGGAGGCUCAAGAUCUUGCGUUGGAGAACCUCUUAACAGAUAUGGAUUUUGAUAGUGUUUCAGUGAGGUCUAGGGAUUCUGGGGUUCUAGGUGGUGAGGUCGAGGAGCUUCAGAUUCCAUUGAUGCAGGAUCAAAGAACAGAGGACGGGACUUCUAUCUCAGGGGAAAACACCUCCAUGUUGCCAGCAAGUGUGAUGUCAUCAGAUGAAGAUCCAAGUUUGGAGUAUGAGCUUUCAGCCCUUAGAGAAGCCAUGGAUUCAGGAUUUACAUAUUUACUUGGGCAUGGGGCUGUGAAAGCAAGGAAGGAAUCUUGGUUUCUUAAGAAGCUGGUUAUAAACUAUUUUUACGCUUUCCUGAGGAAGAAUUGCAGGGCAGGGGCUGCAAAUAUGAGUGUUCCUCACAUGAAUAUUAUGCAAGUUGGGAUGACUUACAUGGUUUAAUCCAGGCAAUGGUCUCAUGUUUUUGUUUUUGGGGUCUGUUUGCAUUUGUGGUAAACCUUCUGUAAUUGUUGCCCAAUCAAUAACAGAAAUUGAAAAUUUUUCUCUGGGAGAAAGUAGGUACUUGUAGUUUUAGUGACUAAAUGUAACGUAUAUAUUUAUCUCUACAACUGUGAGAUCAUUCUC